GAUUUCCUGGCUAUUGACAGUUUGUUGCCAACCGACUAAAGGAAAUUGUGAUUUUCCCCGGAAAAUUAAAUCAUAUGUGUUGGAAGUUUGACGUGUAAUUGCAAUGUAAACAGUUUCAUUCUCGUUUUUUUAAAUAAAACUGGUAAAAAUGUCGCUGCCAGGCGGUGGGAUAUUCGUCGUUAAAGGCGAAAUAUCAAUUUUGAUGACUGCUAUGAGAAGAGGGGCCCGCUGGUCAGCGCACUCCUAUCAAGAUGAGGAUAUGGACGGCCUAUUGAAGAACCUGCAGGAUCUUAAAGAUGUGCUCAACAAACUGGAUGAUCUUAAACUGGUCGAGCCAAAUCUGUACUUGUCUCCCUUCUUGGAGAUUAUUCGUAGUGAAGACACCACAGGGCCCGUAACCAGCCUUGCACUAUCAGCCAUUAACAAAUUUUUGUCCUAUGGCUUGAUCGAUCGUACACAAAUUUCUAUAGCUCAAACAGUUCACAGUAUAGCAGAUGCCAUAACCAGGGCAAGAUUUGUGGGUACAGACCAAUCUUCAGAUGGGGUGGUGUUAAUGAGAAUACUGCAAGUUCUGAGAACCUUAACUUUAGCCCCUGAAGGGGUACAUUUAACAAAUGAAAGUCUGUGCGAGAUUAUGUUAUCAUGUUUUAGAAUAUGCUUUGAAACUAGACUCAAUGAAUUAUUAAGGAGGACUGCAGAACAUUACUUAAGGGAUAUGGUGCAAUUAGUUUUUAUGAGAUUACCCCAAUUUUCAGAAGACUUAAGGGCUGUGGGAAUUAAACAGUUAAAAAUGAGACCUGGGGCUAUUGACCAAACCAGAAAUAAAAGAAAAAAGUCGUCAUUUCGGAAAAAAGAUAAUAAAAAUGCUGAAAUAGAACAAGAAGUAGCUCCAAAAUUAAAACCAGAAAAUCCUGCAUUAAAGUCCAACCCUUUAGCAACAACCCCAAUUACACCAGGAGGAAAUAUUGUCGAUAUGCAAGGCUCAAUUUCACAGGAAACCACUGAAAAAGAUCCAACUACUAUAAAUACAAAUUCAGAACAAUCAAAUUUAGAAAACUUGUCUCCCGUGGAUCAACAAAUUGAGGAUGAAGAAAGGUUAAAUUCGUUAAAAACGUCAACCGAAGAAAUAGUCGAAGAUCAAUUAAAAUCACCAACCAAUGAAAAACAAGACCCUGACUCUCUAGAUGCUAAACAAAUUGAGGAUACUCCGGAUGGUUAUGCAACCAGCGAAGCAAACCAAGAAUACGUCAACCAAAGAGGAAUCAGAUUCACACCUCAACUUCAAGAUGAAGUAACACUUCUUCCUUAUGGAUUGGCUUGUGUUAGGGAACUUUUAAGGUUUUUGAUUAGUCUCUGUAACCCACUAGACAAACAAAACAGUGAUAUAAUGAUUCAUGUUGGUUUGACUCUCUUGACUUGCGCAUUUGAAGUGGGAUCUGAUAGUAUAGGAAAGUAUUCCACUCUAUUGGCCCUUGUCAAAGAUGAUUUGUGCAGGAAUUUAUUUUCGCUCCUUAACACCGAACGACUAUCAGUCUUCGCAGCCGACCUUCAAGUCUCAUUUCUCAUGUUCGAAUCGCUACGAACUCACCUGAAAUUCCAACUGGAAAGGUACCUCACAAAACUGAUGGAAAUAGUGAUGAGCGACUCGCCCAAAGUCACCUACGAACACAAGGAGAUCGCCUUGGACAACAUCUUGCAGCUGUGGCGCGUGCCCGGCUUCGUGAACGAGUUGUACUUGAACUACGACUGCGACAUGUACUGCACGAACUUGUACGAGGACUUGACGAAGCUGCUGGCGAAAAACGUCCUGUCGGCCACCGCGGGGGUCUAUCAGACGCACCUGUUGUCCCUGGACGCCCUGCUCACGGUCGUCGACGGUAUAGAGUUGCAUUGCAGACACAAGCAGGACGACUCGAGCAACGGUAGCGACCUUUUCAACAGCAGCGACGGCAGUUUGGCGGCUAAGAGAGGUAGAAUCAGGGUUUCGGAUCGCGUGCCCACUAUAGAGGAGCUGCAUGCGAAAAAGAACAUCAAAAAGUGGCUUCCGCAAGGCACAGAAUACUUUAAUUCCAAACCGAAAAAAGGCAUCCAAUUCCUUCAAGAACACAACGUCCUAAAACACGAUCUAGACAUCAACGAAAUCGCGAUGUUUCUUCGCGAAAACCCUGCUUUGGACAAAAAAACAAUCGGCGAGUACAUCAGCAAUAGAAACAACCUCAACAUUCUCGAAGCCUUCGUGAACACUUUCGAUUUCACCGACACUAGAAUCGACGAGGCCUUGAGAAGUUAUCUGGAGACCUUUAGGCUACCCGGGGAAGCACCGACUAUCUCCCUGAUUUUGGAGCAAUUUUCUGAACAUUGGCAUAAAAGCAAUGGGGAGCCGUUUGCGGACGUGGAUUCCGCAUUCACUUUGGCGUACGCGGUGAUAAUGUUAAACGUCGACCAGCACAAUCAAAACGCCAAGAAACAAAGUCUACCGAUGAGUGCUGCCGCCUUUAAGAAGAACCUGAAAGGUGUCAAUGGUGGAAACGAUUUCGACGGCGAUAUGCUCGACGAAAUAUACAACACUAUUAAAAACGACGAAAUAGUGAUGCCGGCCGAGCAAACCGGCCUGGUGAAAGAAAACUACCUAUGGAAAGUUCUAUUAAAAAAAGGCCAAACGAAAGACGGCGUCUACAUCCACGUGAACAGCGGCACCUACGAUUCCGAACUCUUUCAAUUGCUGUACGGACCCAUAGUGGCCGCUCUAUCGUUCGUUUUCGAAAAGUCCGAAAUACCCGGGUCGUACAAGAGGAUCCUGCAAGGUUUCGAGAAGUGUUCCUUUAUAUCGGCGCAUUAUAAUUUGACGAGGAAUUUGGACAUGUUGUUGCUGAGCUUGAGUAAAUUCACGAUGUUCCAUAAUCAGCAGAGGUUGAAUAAUAUCACGUUGCAAUUCGGUAUCAAUAAUAAGGCGCAGUUGGCACUGAAGAGCGUGUUUUCUUUGACGCAUCAACACGGCGAUGGUAUUAGGCAGGGAUGGAAGAAUGUUUUCGACUUGAUUUUGUCUUUGUAUUGCAACAAUUUGCUGCCCAAAACGUACGUGGAAGCCGAGGAUUUCAUAGAGCCGAGCGGGAAGAUCAACUUAACUUUCGAGGAGGUGGAAAGUUUGCAGAAGCAGGAUACCGGGUUGCUGAGUUCUUUGUACUCGUACAUGGUGUCUGCGGAGAAUUUAUCGAAAAUUCCUUCACCGGAAGAACAGCAAUGCAUCGAUCUGGCUAAAGAGUGCAUCAAAGAUUGCAACUUGGAACAGUUGGUGACGGAUUCGAAGUUUUUGCACGAAGAGGCUCUGCUGGAGUUGGUCGGAGCUCUGAUGGAGCAAUCCAGAGGCCCCGACGUGCAAAAAUCCUUGUACAACAACUACAACGAGAACGUCACGGUGUUCUUCCUGGAACUGCUGGUCAAGAUCGUGAUUCAGAACCGCGACCGCGUCGUCUCGAUAUGGCGAACGGUGCACGACCACCUCUACACCAUCGUCAUGAACGCCUCGGUCUUCGACUACCAGUAUCUGCUCGAGCGCGCCGUGAUCGGGCUGCUUCGCGUCGCCAUCCGGCUCAUGCGCAACGAGGAGAUGUCGCCGGUAGUGCUGCAGUCGCUGCGCAUGCUGCUGCUGCUCAAGAGCACCACGAUCUGCCGGAUCUCUCGGCAGAUUUCCUUCGGCCUCUACGAGCUGCUGAAGACGUCCGCGCAGAACAUCCACACCAAUGCGGAUUGGACGAUCGUUUUCACGUUGCUGGAGUGCGUGGGGGCGGGCGCGCAGCCGCCCAAGCCCAUAGCCGAAGACAAUCAAGUCGAUCAAGGAACGAAAUCCGACGGCGAAAACCAACUAGCAAGCGAUGAAGAAGCAGCGGCAACGUCGACAGACCGAGGCUACACCUCGGAUUCCGAGCUGGCAAAAAGCCCGAAACACGCCGCGGCCCAAAGGUCCCAUAGCCCACCCGGCGUAAUUGCCGCGUCGCCAGUGGGAACUCCCAACACAGGCGGAUGGAUUUUGGUUGGCAACGAGGGGGAGAUUCAGCCGGUGGUCGGCCGAACUGUGCCUCCGACGCAGUACGGCCUGUCGUUGGAGAGGAACUUGGGUCCCCACGACCCGAGCAGCUUGAUCAAAUGUUGCGAAAGUUUGGCGUUUUUGGUCAGAGAUGUCGCUCACAUCACGCCGUAUAAUUUUGACGUUUGCGUCCAUUGCAUCAGGACGUUCGUCGAAGCUAGUCUACACGGAUGCAAACACAACAAAAAAAGUCGCGAGGGAAGACCGCGACGGAAGAACCCGAACAGAAAACGGCAGGACCUGUACAAAUCCCGGAAAAGCCCGACCAGCAGUCCGGAGGAGGAGGAAGAAGAGGCGAGCGACGACGACGCCCUACCCACCGGCUACCAUCAAAUAUCCAUCCAGCUGCUGGACCUGAUGCACACGUUGCACACGAGGACCGCGCAGAUUUUCAAGUGGUGGGCCGAGGAGGGCGGCGAGAUCGCCCAGGAGACGUCGCUGUGGACGCAGGGCUGGUGCCCCUUGCUGCAAGGCAUCGCGCGGUUGUGCUGCGACGUCCGGAAGCCGGUCAGGAUGAGCGCCAUCACGUAUCUGCAGAGGGCGCUGCUGGUGCACGAUUUGCAGACGCUGAGCGGGCCGGAGUGGGAGGCGUGCUUCCACAGGGUGCUGUUUCCACUACUGAGAUAUCUAUUGCAACCACUCACUCCUAAAGAGCCAAUGGCUAUGGAGGAGACCAGGAUGAGAGCAGCGACUGUUUUAUCCAAAGUUUUCCUGCACCACCUAACACCACUGCUAUCCCUUCCAACAUUCUUCAAUCUUUGGCUGGUAAUCUUGGACUUUAUGGAGAGAUACAUGCACGCGGACAAGAGCGAUCUGCUCUACGAAGCCAUACCGGAAUCCUUGAAGAACAUGCUGCUGGUAAUGGACUCCGCGAAAGUUUUCGACGCGCCGGACGGCAACAAGAGUCACCUUUGGGCGGCCACUUGGGAGAAGAUCAACACCUUCUUGCCGCGCAUGAAGGACGAUUUGUUCAGGGAGAUCAAUCAGGGACUGGCCCAGGAGCAAAUGCAGCUGCAGCAGGAAAUCCCCACAGAAACCAUAGAGAUUACGAAACCUGUGCAAUACAACAUAGAAAAUGCGACCAGAACCAGUAUAAUUUUACAGCCGCCCACCACGGGCCAACAGCAAGUUUCAUCGCAUUUAUUCGCUCACUUAGGACAGAUGGUCUCGACACCGAUCGGUCCGUCGCACGGCGCGCCGGCAGCACCGUACCGCCCUCUACCGCCGCCGGUCAGCAUCGCGCCGCUAGUGGCGCCCCCUCUGGUGUCGAACUCGCCUUUACUGCCGCCAAACCAAACGACGCCGAUCAUUCAGCCGCAGCCGUCUUACAUGUCUUCGUUCUACGCCGGCGCCGCCAACUCGACGUCGACGGCGGGUCACACUUUCCCGGUGCUGUGCGGCAACGCGCCGAUGCUGCCGCCGGCGGCGGCCACCGAGGUGCAACCCGUCUCGCUGUUCACCGACUACGUCGUCAAUCCGUACAACGCGGCAUCGACGGACCUCAACGAAAACGCCGCCGCCCAAAUCGGCGGCGGCGGCGGCGGCGUUUCGAACAACAACGGGUCGACGCAGAACAUUUUCCAGUCGGCGAAUUACUUUCAGAGCGGAGGUAAUAAUAUUAUACCGGUCGGGUCGGAAAUACUGUACGGCAUUGAUGCCACCGCCCCCACUAAGAAUACCAAUAACAUUCCAGUUGUUACAGCUACAGAUAACAGGGACACCAGUAGAAGUACUGAAGUUUAGUUGGCAACACUGUUUAGGUGGUUUAAAGGUGAGUUCCACUGUUGAACAUAAAAAGUAAGGGUAAAAAGUUCUCCCAUUUCAUUUUAACAAUUUUUUAGUUUAAUUUUGGAUGGUUCAUAAUGUCGCGUUUUUUAAAAUUAUAUCAAAGUAAAUAUUUUUGAUAAAAAAUAUGUUUUAACGCAAAAUUUGCGAGUUUUAAGUCUAGUUUUGAAGAGUAUUUGCAACGUGACGGUUCACAUCUGUAUAAUGUUAUUUGUAUGAAAUUGUUUACCGCUCGUGGAAUCAUAGCAAUUACUCCCGAUGAUGAAAGUUUCCGAGCGAGCCGAUAGGCGCUAAUUAUAAUUAUUAAUUAAUUUUUAGAAAAAUAAAAAAAGUAAAGUUUAAUUAAAAACUGACGUUUACAUUCCUAAAGUCGUUCCAAUUAAGUUAGUACGCUUACCUAAUUCAAGUUAUUUAAGAUAAACCACAAUCCACACAACAAGGUCUGUUCGAUCUCCUACUAAAAAUACUAAAAAUCACUGCAACACUGCACAUCAUUUAAUGGCGGCCAUUUUUGUUGUUUACAAUUCUUGUGCUUUGGGUUUGUACAGAUUAAUAAUCGUUUUAAACUUUGUGUUUCUUACAGAGAGACUUGCAAGCCUUAAAAAAGACCUCAAAGUGGUAAGAACAAUCAUUUUACUCCUCUUUUGUUAGAAAUAAACCUUAUUCUAUCAGGGCUGUCAAAUGUCAAUUUUAAGGUUAUUGAACAGACCUUGUUGUGUGGAUUGUGGGUCAAACUAUAAAUGCUCACUUUCGUAAAAAUACACAAUUUGGAUACCGUAAACACGGGUGGAUUUAGCUCACUUUCAAACAAAUUUAAAAUUUUUGUGGUUUUAACAAUUAUAAACAUUAAAUAUUGUAUACCAAAAUUUAAGUCUUGAGUUCUUCUUUCAUAAUAACUAUGUUUUAAUAUUACAAAGGGCUGAGUUUUAAAAAUAAAAAUUAAAAACUGGGUGUGCGGGUAACUUUGUAUCACAGUAUAUUUUCCGUAUAAAAUUAACUCAAUAUUUUAUUUUUAUUACACACAUGUUAGCAGCGACAUAUAGCUAUUGCAAGGGAUUACCUGUUACAGUAGUUAACCAAGGAUCAUCAUUCCAAAGGAUUGCGCAUAAUAUAGAAAUUGUAACGCCUGUAAGAGUUUUGCACUUAUGCAAUAUAUACAAUUUUAAAGUGUAAUAAAUCCCAUUUAUUUCAUUAAAACACUGAUUUUCCUUUAAUAUAAACUCAAUAGAAUCGCUCAAUUGACAGGUUUAGACUAACAAAUUAUAAAUGUUAAUUUUAUCGAGCGCGAAAAGAUUUUUCAUAAAUAGGUUAGUCACCCGUGUUUACGGUACUCGCAAAAAAAUUUAAUUUAUAUCGGAAGUUUACAUUCAAAGUCAAUCACACUGUAGCGUCGUCAUGGUAGCGGGAACUCGGCUUAUCCAUAUUGGGUGUUUGAGCAAAACAUUUAUAUACCUUGAUUAAAAAGGUAGCGCUCCAAUUUAAAAUAAUUUAAAAUUACAUACGUAUAUGCCGAGUUCUGCAUGAUAUAAUAUAACCAAUAAAUAAGGCAAGUUUUGAAACGACAGUCAAUUUAUAAAUGAAUUUUAAAUGGAAUAAGUUGAGUUUUAGAAUAUUAUGAACUAUUCAGGGUAUAGGGGGAUACAGACACCAUUUUUAUUAAAAAUUGGAAAAGCAGAGUUUUGGAAUGGAAAUCCUCAUUUAAUACCUAAUUAGCGAAAGGGAAUGAAAAUGUAUACAGGAGAAGGAAUAAAAUUGUUCACAGCAAGAGAAAUGUAUGUCCUUAAUUAUUAAAAAUUGCACUCGACAAAAAAAGUCACAUUUCGUAUCGCGUCGUUGCUUAGAAAUUCAAUAUUUUCAUUUGCUAGCCAAAACUCGAAUGAAAAGUAUGGUAUGUGUGAAAAGAAAGUCAGAUUGGUAAAAAGUGUUUACUUUAAUGUAGACAAUUGUCAUCCUUAAGGAUGAGCACUUUUCAAAAUGCUCAUAAAUGCUUAUAAUUGCUCAAAAAGCGUUAUUGUAUUGACAUCGACAAAAUUGUUGAAAUAUGUAAAAUGUAAUGGGGAAAAAUUUAAAUGUCCUUGUUUUUUAUGAUUAGCAGCAGAAUGCCCUUAAGGGAUGAUAGAAAUAUAUUUAUUAUGUUUUUUGUGAUCUUCUAAAAUUGCAGUUUUUAUUCAUAAAUUACAAGUAGUUUUUUUAAACCCAAAAAUCAUAACUUAGAAGAAAUAUAUUUUAGACUGGAAUAGCCUCUUUAUAAAACCUACAUAUAUUUUUUUUAAGUUAAAAUAUCUAUUUUCUCACAAGGUGUUCUACACAUUUGUUUUAAUAUGCAAGUAUUUUUGAUUCAAUAAAAAUACACCAGGGGUAUUCAUGUAUAAAAACAAAAACUAAUUAAUGUGUUUUAUAAUAAAAAUAAUUAUAUUGUAAUACAACUAUCUACCUUUUAUUAUGUGUUUAAUUAAAUUUCUAUGUAUCAAUUUUAUUUUAUUGUAUAAUACUUUAUAUUUAUUUUAUGUUGAAUUAAUAUUUUUUAUUCAUCUAUUGUUGUUAUUAAAUAAAAAGUGUACAUAUUUAAUACGUAUAUUUUUAUAUUUUCACAUUUAUUAUUUUCGUCACCGUAUCUACGGGGGUAUGAUUUGUAAAAACGUACGGCACUGUUUCCGGUUUCUUUCUAAAAAUAUGGAAUAUAUUAUUAAUCUUUGGUUUUGUUUCCGCGGUUUUGUUCAUAACUACAAUGUUUUGUUUUCGCGUGUAAAACAGCCACCUUGCCAAAAAAGUAUUGCGCAGUGCUUUUCUAUAGUUUUCGUUGGUCCAACUGUAGAUUAUUGGAUUCAAGGCGGCGUUGAGAAAUAUCAGGUACUUUGAUGCGAACCAUAUACUGUGAUAUGUACCCUCGACCUAAAAAUUCCAUUUUUAAUAUCAGCGCUACAAAUAAUAGUUAAUGGCAUUUUUUAUAUCCUGUAUAUUGUGUUUUUGACAUCACCUUAUUAUUAUUAUUAUACCUACCUGGUUUUUGUAGUUGACUGGAUUAUUUUUUGAUAAUCCCUUUGCUUUUAAAAGCUCACGCCUGUAUAUGACAAAAGCCAUAAAAGGUAUAUGACAAACGAAAAAUGUCAAAGUUACAAUGAACAUCAUUUUGGCCGCUUUUUUCUUAUACCCGACUUGACGGUGGUCGAGUUUUCGCAAGCAUUUCCUCUCGUAUUUUUUUAA